AGUGUAACGUAAAUCGUCGGCUCGUCGCUUGCUUGUCUCGCUUCUGCAAGAAGCAAAGAAGGGAUUAUACCAUACGAGUGAGUAUACGGUGCUCCUCCCAGAAGAAAAAACACUAUUAUCUUCACCGGUUGAUGCGAUGGUGGUCUGCAAAUGCCGCAAGGCAACAAAACUUUACUGCUAUGUGCAUAAGGUCCCUGUUUGUGGGGAAUGCAUUUGUUUUCCAGAGCACCGGAUAUGUGUGGUCCGUACUUACUCCGACUGGGUGAUAGAUGGAGAGUAUGAUUGGCCUCCUGCAUGCUGCCUAUGUAAAGCUGUGCUCGAAGAUGGAACUGACCCUCAAACUACUAGAUUGGGUUGCUUGCAUGUGAUACACACAAGUUGCUUGGUAUCCCAUAUUAAAAGCUUCCCUCAACACACUGCACCGGCAGGAUACGUGUGUCCUUUGUGUUCUACCACGAUAUGGCCUCCUAAAAUUAUCAAAGAUUCAGGAUCCCGUCUUCAUUCAAAACUGAAGGAGGCUAUCAUGCAGACUGGUCUGGAAAAAAAUCUGUUUGGAAAUCAUCCUUUUUCAAUGCCAGCAGCAGAGUCCCGGGUUCCUCCUCCUGCUUUUGCUUCAGAUCCGCUUGUUUCAGCGACUGGGGGCAAAGAGAAAAAUAAUCCAAACUCUUUGGAUCCCUCAAGUGACUUAAGUUUGCCAUCUUCAGGAAUGACUGGAAUAAGCAUGCCAAAAAAUUCUAAUGAUAUUGUGGAGAUAGAUAGUCUGAGUUCAGUGGGAAGUCAAUUCAAAUCUGGUCAUGAGCCCAACUUCAUGAAAACUGCAAGCCCUGCCGCUCAGCCUGGAGCUACAACAAGAAAGGGUGCUUACAAUGUUGACAGGCAAAAUUCAGGAAUUUCAUUCUAUUCUGAUGAUGAGGAUGAGAGCGGGAGGAAAUACUCUCGAAGGGGUCCUUUCCGUCAUAAGUUUCUUAGAGCAUUGCUACCUUUCUGGUCUAGUGCACUGCCUACCCUGCCAGUAACUGCACCCCCACGGAAAGAUGUAUCAAAUUUAGAUGAUAUUCCAGAAGGUCGUUCACGUCAUCAGCGAUCUUCAAGGAUGGAUCCCAGAAAAAUCCUCCUCAUCAUGGCAAUCAUGGCAUGUAUGGCAACAAUGGGCAUAUUGUAUUAUAGAUUAGCACAACGUAGUCUUGGUGAAAGCCUGCCUGAUGAUGAGGAGCAAUGAUUAUUGUUUAAGCUUUUGUCCAAGUUUGGGUUGAUGAAGUCCUUUUUCUUGUAUUCCUGGUAAUGGGUCUUUUACCUCCUGGCCUGAUUUUAUUUCCUGGUGCAGUCUGCAGACUUGUAUGGGCUUUCAUGAAAAACAGUUCAGCUAUCACCAUUUGUGAUGCUGAAUGUCCAUAACGGUGCAGUAGUCACAAAAGCUCUUCUUGGCCAUCAUGCUCCAUUCUCAUGUGCUACUAUUGUUGUGGUUUAUUAAAGAAAUGGCUUGAUGGAAUUUCAUUUGUUUUUUCAUCCUCCAGCAUGUAAUUAUUUUCUUUCAUGAAACUGUCACAGUGAAUAUUUUUCACAAA